AUGGGAUUCACUUCAAAGACAAGGGCCCAUAUCUAUGCAGGAAUAAGUGCUUCUAAUGUCGUUGUCGCCGCCCCGGUGCGUCUCGUGGGGCAUGCAGAAUCCAAGCAACAGAACAUGCUGCAGUUUUGGAAUGUGCUGUACUGUACUGAAUGUCCCCGUACCGAAACCAUGACCACAGUACUUGUACACUCUCACCGUGCUGAUCAUGAUCUCAACCGACAGGCUGUGAUGGACACGAACGACAUGGGUUUCGCGAGGCACAGCAGCUGCACUUACCCACGGCCCCCUCAGUCAGAUCAGCCGCUGCUCGUGUCUUCUCCUCGAAUUUGUGCCGCGCCUGAUGAUGGUCAUUCCACAUACAUCUCACAGACGGACACGGCCCACAUCGGCAACGGACCGGCAUUUCGCGAUGAGCUCGGACCUUCCCUCCAUCCAAGGCUCGCCUACGUGCAGCAGCCCGAGCCCUGGAUGGAGGUGCGUGAAAAGCGGUGCCCAGGUGGUGAUGGAUCGAUCGUAUGGAUCGCCCACAUUGUCCAAGUUUCCAGAAGGCGGGACCUUUCGCCCAGCACACGUGAGGGGAAGUCUAUAGUACAGUACCAAGUAGGGCACCUCAGCUGUGACAGACGAUCAUCGGAUCAGCUGUUCCUCUUCCUCUCACCACCUGCUGGGCACCUCAUCCACACACACACAGACACCACACCACACACCACACGGUACAAUUCCUUAGCUGCUCCGUUUCCACUUCCCAAUUCCAGUUUGGCUCUGGAGAAGAUGGCGGGGCCUCCAGGGCUUCCUUCACGCGUCGUCAUGACGCCGCUGAUCUCACAUCACGGGCAUAUCUGCAUCCCUGGAUACCUACAGCAGAUACGCACGUUAUUCCCAUACUCAUCCCACUCCCCCACGACACCAGGCGCAUGCUUUCUUCCGCCAGCCGGCAUCCGACGUGCACAUGUCAUCUGUAGCACAGCGCGCCCGCAUGAUGAUGACGAUGAUGAUGAUGAUGAUGAUGAUGAUGAUGCCCCGGCGGCAGGUCCUCGAAGCAUACCUGCACACAGAGGCAGAGAAAUCCUACAGUUGCGCAGAGAAAAACAUCGAGACGCCCCGCAGACAUCUACACAUCCCCGAUCGCGUUUCCACAAUUCCAAAAAGCACCGUGACACCGUCGUGCGAGGCUGCAUGAGGAUUAAUUCAUCGCUGGGGGUCGCGGUCAUUUCCUCGCACGUCGUGACACGCACCCCCCGAACACAGACGAGGGCGGGCGCGUACAUCGAGGAGAAUUGGUAG